AUGAAACCCAACAGAAUACUCCUCCUCACGACAAUAUUCCUAUCCCCCGCCCUGGCAGAGCCAUUCUGGCUGUCCAUCGAGCUGACUCGAGUCGACUGGCGGGAUGGAUGCUUGACGACGGGCGGAUGCUCCCAGCCCCGGUUUCAGAUCCUCGCCGAUUUACUACCAGUUUCCGAAAAGAUGUCCAUUUCUUGGCCGGUCAGCGAGCACUUUGUGCAGGAUGCGGCCCGUCAAUUCGUCCCGCAUUGGCCUGGCGGCACGCCGAACGAUAAAACGCAUCGCGCUCGACGCGAGUUGAGCACGUUUGAUGAGGACGAGCCAAAAAGACAGCUCAUCGAAGUCCGAGGGAAAUGCUUCAACGCGACGUUGAUGAUCCAAAAACACACUGAACGGUGUCCCUGGUGUCCGCAUCCGUCCGAAAUGACGGUUAUCCAACAGGAGAUGAUGGACCCAACAUCUACCGCAUCGUUGCUAGCGUCGUUUGGGUCUUCCUCCCCGACUUUGGCGGCUUCACUUUUGGGGCUCACUGCCAUAGCGAUGUUGAGCUCAACAGCUUUUGCCUGUCUGCUCAUAUCGUACUUCCGGCAGAGGAAGAGGUUUUAUAAACAGCUCAAACAACCCCGAUUUCACCCCUACCGCGGCUCAACCCUCGUCGCCCAAAAAGACGAUGAAAACCGAUAUGACCUACCCUGGGAACAAACAAGACCCCUGACCUAUUGGAUGGGCGGCCCGAGCAAGGGAACGACAAGUCCGGGCACUACGACAAGUCCUCUCGAUUCGGCAUCAUCACUACCGUAUGCCUACCGGAUGCCGCCGAGCAUGCCACCUCCACAGAUCAACGUCCCAUCGACACGAAUCUAUCACACAAUCGGAAAUAACCACCAUCACCCACCGAUGCAGCACGACGAUUCCGGGCUGGAAUCUGUU